CCGCCACACGCUUCUCUCCAGCAUCGGCGGUGCAGCAUCUCUGCCUCACACAACCCGUCGGUCCGUCCUUCCUCCGGCUUGUUUGUCCGUCCGGAGGCAGCUGGAAGUUUAACCCGCACUCAGAAGCCGAGAGGCGGCGGCCAUGAGCGCUGCGUCCCGCUGACAUCCAGCAUCCAGAGAGCCGCCGCAGCUGGAACCUACAAUCCGAGCGUAGAGAGCGGAGGAGGGAGCACUGCAGCAGACAUGCCGGGCCUGCUGCUCAUCACACUGGCUGCUCUCCUGGUCAGCUGCGACGCCUUCAGGUUGGCUUCGUCGCUCCGCCAGGACGAAGGCCCAGCCCAGGCGUCACGCUUCCUCCGGGAAUUAGUCCGAGCCAAACGCCACUCGGUCCAUGAGCUGGUACGAGCUCAGCCUCACCUGGUCCACGACAUGGGCUGGCCCGAGAUACACGAAACGUCCCGUUCGCAGGGAAAGAUGGAGUCGACCAACUCCUCCCAGCUGAAUGCACUGGCGAGGACUCGGGCCACCGUGGACGAGAACCUGGACAUGGAGGACGAGAUGGAGCGGAAGGUUCAUCUGGCGGUUCCCCUGGAUGAAGGAGGCUUCAGGGGGCAGCCAGACUCCGCUGACCCAGAGACGGAGCUCCUCGGUGGGACUGGAGCGGCCGACGCCUCCCAGGAAGCUUCUGGCUUCUAUGGAACCGACCUGGAGGACAGAGAGAGACGAGCAGGAGAAGAAGAGGAAGAAGAAGAAGAGAAGACUGAAGAUGACGUCCUGGAAGCCUCGGAGGGAAACCACACGACACCAGAUCUGGACGCUCUGAUCGGCUACAGUCCAUCCUUCGCUCCGUCCAGCUCCCAGGAGCCCAGCAUCUCCUUCCCAGCCGACGUGCACGAUUCUGGGCUGCAGGAGCACCGAGCGUCCCCCAUCCUGGAGGUGGGUCCUUUAGAGAGGGAGCUGUGGGAGGCAGAAGGGGAGGAAGAUGUUCAGUCCAGUGGUUACGGAGUCCUUCACUCCUCCACGACUACAACCAGAACUACAUCUGUUGCUACGGCGACGUCCACCGCUGCUGCUGCUGGAGACACUGUUGGAACAGCAACACCUGAAACUGACACCGGAACAGACUUCGGGCUGCUGGGAAGCAACACAAAAGAUGUGACAGAGGAUGAGGAGGCAGAGAGGAAGGAGGACGAGGAGGAAGCAGGUCUGACUCACUUGGACGUAUUUACCCAGAAUCCAACAGCGCCGGAGGUUGGCUUGGCUCCGAGCAGAGAACCUCUGCAGCCCAGUGUGGAGGAAGAGGAGGAGCUGGAACAGGGCGAGCACGACUCUAAAGUUUUAAAGGGAAAACUUCCGCCACAAAUCAGAGACAGAAGUGAGGAGGUGGAGGAGGAGAAAUGGAGGAAGAUGACCAGAGAGGAAACUAAAAUCCGACACAUCGUCCCUCUCACCACGGAUCCUUCGCCGACUGUCGGCUUCACCUACCCAGACCUCAGUGGGAUGGAGAAGGACCAGCAGGUGGUGUGUAUCGACUGGAGUGAGCUGUCCGGACGUGGUUAUAUCAUCUUGAACAUGGCGCAAAACAUGAACUGCGAGGAGUUUCGAGUGUGUCAUGGCAUUCGGUUGUUGAAGAUCAUGGAAGAAGUGUUCGCCCGAAGAAUGAACAGUCCCGAGGGCUCAUGGGUAAUCUACCUGAGCAAACCGACACACCAGCAGCACCAGGUGCUGAUGAACGUGGCGACUGAACACGGAUUGAUGGCUACCAAGGAUGUGCUGGGGAUGCUGGGAGAGAUCAGGAAAAGUCUUGAAACGAUGGGCAUCGAGAGCUACAGUGCCGCCAGCACCUGUGAAUCUCGACCCAGUCAGACUCGCAGCGACUACGGAAAACUGUUUGUGGUUCUGGUGAUCAUCGGCUCUGUCUGCAUGGUCAUCAUCACGUCGGGAUUCAUCUACAUCUGCUGGCAGAGACGGCUGCCGGCCACCAAAACCACAUUUCGCGCCGAGGAGCUUCACUUCGUGGAGAACGGUUGCCACGACAACCCAACUCUGGAUGUGACCAAUGACAGCCACCCCGAGAUGCGAGAGAAAAAGCCGAGUACCAAUGGGCUCGCAGGGGGAGGGGAAGGAGGCGGGGAGCAGGGCAGCCGCUGGCAGGUGUUUGUCAAUCAGGCGGCAACGGAGGAGGAGGAAGAGGAGCAGGACACACACCUCUGAUUGACGAAGAGGAGGUGUCUUUUUAUGGACAGACGGAGGAAAGAGGAAGAUGAUGGGACGGAAAUAGAGAAAGAAACAGAAAAAUUAAGAUAAAGGCUGUUGAUAGAAGUUAAAGAUGUGUCGUCCAGUCAGAGGAGCUCAGCAGGAGGAGUCACUGACAUCAUUUUGGAUAUCACACGCUCAAAUCUCUCUAAAUGGUUAGUCUCACACAUGUCCGCCAUUUUGAAAUGGUAAAAAAAGCUGAGACAAAAUCAAGAAUUUACCAAAAAAACUGAAAACAAACCCCUGCUUGAUAUUAGCUAAUGUGGCCAUCGCAUUCGUAUGUUUAGCUUUGUGCCUUAGCUCUGUAGACAAUUUAAACUAGAGACAAAUCAUCGAAUGUAAAGGAGCUUUGAUGUCAUGAAUUAUGUAAAACAACUUAAAAUGAAAAUAACUAAAUAUUUUUUCAAGUUUUUUUUAGAUUCCAACACUGUUUUGUUGCAAAGUUAUUGUAUUUUCACAAAUUGUCAUUUUUACUUAAUACAUGAAACAGUUAAAUUCAAGUUCAAUACUGUCAAUCUAUUUCUAAAAUUAGAUACAAUUACCAACAAUUUACAGAAAAGACAACAUUUUUUUCUUUAAUUUUACAUAUCCUUGUAAAAUCUUGUAAAAGUAACUUCAUACAAUAUGAUGUUUCCCGCUGAAAGUAGAUAUCCAAAAAGUUUAACUACCCCUAGUGGAAUGUAACCCAAGUAUAUUUAGUUUACACAUUGCUAUUUUGCAUAUAAAACCUACCAUGAUCUUCAAAAAUACAUUGUAACAGAACAAAAAUACACAACAAUAUUCAAAAUCAUCCAAAAUGGCACCACAAACUACAGUAAAAUGACGUAAAAACUCACUUUUUAUUCAUAAAAAUGUAGUAUUUUGCUUUUUUUUCUGCUAAUACUACAAUCACUGAAGUGGUGGAAUGUAUUGAGUCUAUUUAGUUUAGCUACAGAUUAAUAUUUUGCAUACAAAACCUGAUGUGAUCAUGAAAAUUGCAUUAUUAUAGGUAAAACUACCCAACGGUUUUUAAAAAAUUGGCAAAAAAUGUGGCAAAUACUACAGUAAAAUGGCAUAUAACAGAACAAAACUACCCAACAGUAUUCAAAAUUGUCAAAAUGGUACCAAAAACUACAGUAGAAACUCACUUUUUAUGCAUAAAAAUAUAGUAUUUGACAUUUUGUAACUAAUACAACAAUCACUGCGGUGGGGGAAUGUCACUGAGUAUAUAUUUAAUUGAGUUACAGAUUAAUAUUUUCCAUACAAAACCUAAUGUGAUCAUAACAAAUAUAUUAGUAUAGGUAAAGCUACCCAACAGUAUUCACAAUCGUCAAAAAGUUAUACCAAAUACUACAGUAAAAUGAAAUAAAAACUCCACUAAUGUUACAAUCAUUGAAGUAGGGAGUAUAUUUCAUUUAGCUACAGAUUAAUAUUUUGAAUAAAAAAACCUAUCAUGAGCUUCAAAAAUACAUUAUAACGGAACAAAAAUACCCAACAGUAUUCAAAAAUCAUCCAAAAUGGCACCACAUACUGCAGUUCAAUGAAGUAAAAAGUCACUUUGUAUUUAUGAUGCUACUAAUAACUACAAUUACGGAAGUAGUGGAAUGUAACUAAGUCUAUUUAUUUUAGCUACAGAUGAAUAUUUCGCUUUUAUGAUGCAAAAUCGUCCAAAAUGGCACCAAGUACUACAGCAAAAUGAUGUAAAAACUCGCUUUUUCUGCAUAAAAUUUUCACAUGUUGCAUUUUUUCUAAUACUACAUCACAGAAGUACUACCCUGAGUGUAAGACUCGGAAUGGAGUAUUUUUACAAUGCUGCAUUUGUAUUAGCGCCUUCAAAACGGUCUGACGGUGGCGACUCCUCUUAGCUGCUCCUCCGAACAGGAAGUUGAACCUGUAGCAACUUUUUGAGUGAAAAGUUUUGGCACUUUAUUGAUUCCUCUUGGAAAACUAGCGACUAUCAUCGUUGAAAAAUGCUGCAUCAUGUUAAAUGUUACUACAUACAGUGACUGAAAUAUCUCUAUUUUUGCUUAUAGGAAUGGUUGCUAAGCGCUGAGGAUGUUUACAACUCGGCGACUCUUUUCGUGAAUCGCUGUACUCGUGUGCCGUUUAGCCGCUUUAAUUUUGUUCGUUUGUUCGUUUAUUUCCAAUAGCGCUGGAAUAAAUGGCUGCUGUAUGCUGCUGGCUAAACCUUGAGGCUAUGACACGUGGGCAACAACAUUUACAGGCCAAAAGCAUGAACAUAUUAGCUAGUAACGGUGUCCAAGUCCGAGUCGUCAAACCCUGAGUCCAAGUCGAGCUCCAAGUCUUCAGUGUUUUAGUGUUUAAUGUUAAAGUCAGAGAUACCGAGGACAUUUUUCUAAUCAAUACAGUCGAGUUUUUAAUCACUACAGCCAUGUCCGAGUUACUGGGGUCAUGUCCGAGUCACUAUGGUCAUGUUUGAGUCACCGAGUGGUUGUCAAGUUUGAGUCAUAACAGUAAUAUUCCCAACAGUUCAGUCAUGACAACGUGUGGUAACUUGGACAUGACCAGAGUUCGAGUCACUCUGGUCAUGUUCAAGUCAUUAUAUUCAUAUUUGAGUCACUAUGAUGAUGCUCGAGUCGCUCUAGUGAUGUCCAAGUCACUGCAGUAGUUUCAUGACUGAAACUACUUAGUUUUGUUUGAGUCACUAGAGUCACAUCAGAAUUACAGUGAUCAUAGUUACUGCAGUGAUGUCAAAGUCACCAGGAUUUCGUUUGAGUCUCUACAGUCAUGUCCAAGUUACUCGGGUUGUGUCCAAGCCACCAAAAUUGUGUCCGAGUCAUUAGGAUUAUAUUUGAGUCACUGAGUCUUUGUCAAAUUUGAGUCAUAGCAGAAACAUUCCAGUAACUGUGGUCAUGUUUGAAUCUUGAAUCAACCAUAAUCCUAUGAAUGUAAAUAUGACCACAGCAGAACAAGAUGAAAACUGUGCCACUGUAAAGCUGCAGAACUCAAUCAGGCCUUCAAUUAACCACAACUUUAAAAGCCAGACUGAUGAUCACAAUUAAUAUAUAAUUCCUUCAACUGAUAAUUGCACUUCCCUUAAUAAGUUACUGCUUUAAUAGACACCAUUAUCACAUUCAGGCUGAUUUUGUUUGGUGACUUGGACAUGAACAUAUUGACUCCAACAUGCAGUUUGAGACACCCUAGUCAUUGUUAAGUCAUAAAAUUUAUGUUUGAGUCACUAUGAUGACGCUCGAGUGGCUCUUGUGAUGUUCAAGUCACUACAGUCAUGACUGAAACUACAUGAUUACGUUUGAGUCACGAGAAUCACAUCUGAAUGACAGUCAUCAUAGUUAAUGCACCAAGUGUGAUGUCAAGAUGUCACCAUGAUUGUGUCCAAGUCACUACAGUCGUGUCCGAGUCAUUAGGAUUGUUUGAAUCACCAAGUCGUUUGUUUAGCCAUAACAGUCAUAUUCGAGUAGCUGUGGUUAUGUUCAAUUCCCUACAGUUCUGUCAUGACUGUUUGGUGACUUGGACAUUAACGUAGUGACUCCAACAUGUAGUUCGAGUCACUCCAGUCAUUUUCAAGUCAAUACUUUCAUAUUUGAGUCACCACAAUGAUGCAGUCAUCAUUACUAUGCCCCAUUUAUUACGACCAUGUCCUAGUCAUUAUCAUCAUAUUCAAGUCACUGUUGUCCCGACAUGGCAGAGUCACUACGACCAAGUUUCUGCAGUUUAUACAUUAAUGUUUGAGGAACUUAAGUGAUGUCAGAGUCACUAUAGAAGUUAGAGUCACUACAAGUUCGAGUCACUAACAUUCAAGUCACUGUGGUCACAUUCAGGCUUGAGUUACUGUGGUCUUGAUCUUGUCUGACUCGCUGUGUUCAUGUCUGCAUGAAUGCAGUCAUGUCAGAGUCAUUAUAGUCACGUCCAAGUCAACACAACUCACACAGGAGUCACAGAGGACAUGUCAGAGUCACUACGACUGAGUUUGAGUCAUUUCCACUUCCGAUGCUACAAUAGUUUCCGGUCUGUAGGACUUUCGUAUCUAAAUCUUUGUUGACAUUACUGAGUUAUGUUCGAGUCACAUCUGUAGUCACAUCAAAGUCAUGUUGGAGUCACUAGCAUCAUGUCUGAGUCUUUAUAAUGGUGUCCAUGUCCCUAUGGUUACUGUCCGGCUUCAAAAACAUCAUGGCAACGACUGACCAACCACUUUUAGUCCCAAUUAACUCGUCAAAAAUGGGACUCGCACAAGUCUUCACAUGUCUUGAACUUCAGCACAAACAGUAACAUCGCAGCAUUAGAAUUACAGAAAUAACCUGAGAUGUUUUUCUGUGAUCCUCAGUAGGACUCGACUCAAAUCACUGCUGGAGUGGAGACAGAAAAUCAGCAGCUGUAGUCGCCUUUUGUUUUCUUUUGUUUAUCUUGUUUUUAAGACUGAUUCUGAUGCUGUUGUUGGUCUCUGUUCUACUUCCUGCCCAUCUGCAUUUCAUCCGUCGCCGGUGUUAUCGCUCUUUAACUCUGACUUUUCUCGAUGUAACGAUGGCUUCAAUAUAAAAUAUUGAUAUGCACUUUGUCGGCUAAGCAGGAUUUCAGGACAAAAACCGUCUUUCGUGAAAAUUUUAAAUAACUGCCUGCGGCGUAGAUUAUCUGUUUCUGAGAACACAACGUAUGGGCAGAAUAGACGAGCAUGUAGCUUUCAGCACUGCAGCGAGCAUCAAUGUAACAAAAACACACAGCUGAUGUUGCUUUUAGUUUGACGAAUGAGAGACUUUAUGUUGCUUGGACUGAACAGAUUCAGAUUUUUUUCAAGUUUUAUGAGUUUUUCUUCUCAGAAUCUCAUGGAUGUUGGUUAGCGGUGCUGCUAGUGCAAGUCAAUGGGCAUUCAGUUGUAGCAAAAACACACAAAUGACCCUUUGUAAAGACAAGGUACGAUGUAAGCAUUUGAACACUUUGUUGAGUCUUCAUUUCUACAUUUUAUUGUUAUUUUAUGUCUGUUGUUUUACAGGUCUUUUUUCUAUGUCCGUUUUUAUGCAUUUUGAUCACAUAUUGUUUAAUUUUUUGGUUGUCAGUGUAAUAAGUGUGAGAAAUAAAAAUUUGAAGAAAAUGUAUUUGUUUUCUUCCUGAAACUUGGUUUAGUGCAGAAAAUAAAUUAAUGUAUGGA